AUGUCGUUCGGCGAGCCCAUGUACAUCACUGCGCUGGAUUCACGGGUGGCAGAGCCGCUAUACAUCACCGUAUCAGAUGGUCGGGUCAAGACGACACUGGCUCGGGAUGCAUCACAAUCGAAGGAGGUGGAGACCACGUAUGAUCCGCAUGACCCGCAUGUGCAAGCAGGUAUUUGCCGCACAGGGUCCGACCCGGACUUCACCACUAUAUCCUGUAAAGAGGAAAUGUCCAGCACUUCGUUGAGAUGUAUCUCAGCAUCCAGCAGAUGCAGCAGCAGUGACAGCACCACCUGCAGUGCAAUGGCUUCGCCCGACGACCGUCGCGGGGAAGCUCUUCCCCUGCUCCGCAGGCCGAGCAGCCCGCAGUGUCAAGCACAUGAGAUGAAAAGCGCGAGGCUUCUCUGGUGUGAAGGUAAUGCUGAAGGACGAAUGGAGCAGAUGCAGGCACUGGCGAGGCAGUUCCACUGUGGCACACUCUCGCACUUCAGCUCUCCAUCAAGCUUUACUCGCUGGUUCUUCGAGCAAGGUUCCCGGCCUGUAGCCGAGCUGGGGGCCGUGCUCGUAGCUGGCUGGCGCGAAGCGAAGCCUUGUGGUGCUGCAAUAAAAGCAGCCAUAACUGGAGACACAGGAGGCUUGCGCAAGGAUUGCAAGCGCCCUGAAAAAUGGGAUCGCAAGCUUGCAGCUGACAUAGUGCGUGCAAUGAUCAUUCUCCCGGAGAACCCAAAGCAUUCCAAGCGGGCUGCAGACUGGAUCAGAUCAGAUGAUUUCCUGAGCCAGAUUUUGGAGUUCAGGGUAGUAGACACUUCAGCAGAGCUUCCUCAUGUGCUUGCACAGUUGAGCGACACCAAAGCACGGCCUGUCGUCAGGCUGCGGUUUUAG